AUGGACCAGACCGAACUGACAAUACCGCAGAGAUGGAGAUGCACCAAGAAGACACUGAAAAUCCCAUACAGCAUUCUUUUGGAAGCAACAACAAACUGGGAUCGGACUCAUUUCUUUCUCACUAAAGUUGAACGCAGAUAUUACAGUUGUCUCCCUCCCUUCACUAGUACUACAAGUCGGAGGGGUAGACCUUCUAAAGCAGCAACUGGUUCAGUUAAUGCUGUUACGAAAUUGAGUAAUGCUUCACCUCCUGUUCCUAUUGCAUUAGGUACUGCUUUUCCCAAUUCAAAUUUGUUGGAAAAUGAAGACGUUGGCGUAAGUAAUACAAAUGUGAGCGUGCAGAAGAGGGUAAGGGAUGAAAAUGCUUUGGGGGCUGCGAAUGAUGGAACCAUCGGCAAUGAUUACCAGGUAAAAAGGUUGAGCAUUGAACAAAUACAUAUGGCAAUUGGUCGGUUUUUGUAUGAAAUUCAGGCUCCCCUGGAUGCAGUGAAGAACUCUGUUUAUUUCCAGCCAAUGAUUGACGCAAUUGCCUCUGGGGGAAAGGAGACUGUGGCACCCUCAUAUGAUGACAUUCGGGGUUGGAUGUUGAAGAAUGCAGUUGAAGAGAUGAAGAGUGAAAUUCAACAACACAAGGAAACUGGGGCGAGGACAGGUUGUUCUCUUCUAGUCAACCAAUGGAAUUCUGAAAAGGGUAGAACUUUGCAAAAUUUUGCAGUGUACUCUCCUGAAGGAACAAUCUAUUUGAAAUCUGUGGAUGCUUCUUACUUUAUUUUUUCCCCAGAUGCUUUGUUUGCAUUUUUCAAGGAAGUGGUGGAAGAAAUUGGAGUGGGACAUGUUUUCCAAGUCAUUACAAAUAGUGAAGAGCAAUUUUCUGUUGUUGGGAAGAAGUUGAUGGAUACGUUCCCUACCCUGUACUGGUCUCCCUGUUCCGCUGCUUGCAUAGAUUCGAUUCUCGAGGAUUUCGGAAAGGUUGAGUGGAUAAAUUCUGUAAUUGAACAGGCUAGAUCUAUUACAAGAUUUAUCUACAAACACGUUGUCAUUUUGAACAUGAUGAGAAGGUAUACGUUUGGGAAUGACAUUGUUAGGCUGGGAGUAUCUAGGUUUGCAACAAACUUUAUGACGUUGAAACAAAUGGCUGACCUUAAAUAUAAUUUGCAGUCGAUGGCUACUUCAAACGAGUGGACGGGCUGCCCCUUUUCUAAAACACCAGAAGGAUCGGCAGUGUUAGAUAUAUUCAGCAAUCAGUCAUUUUGGUCUUCGUGCAUUUUGAUCACCCGUUUAACAAAUCCGCUCUUGCGAGUUUUGAGAAUUGUUGGUAGCCAGAAGAGGCCAGCGAUGGGAUAUGUUUUUGCAGGGAUGUAUCGAGCAAAAGAAACAAUCAAAAUAGAACUUGUCAAGAAAGAAGAAUAUAUGGUGUACUGGAACAUUAUAGAUCAGAGAUGGAAAAAAUUGUGGGAUUUUCCCCUUCACGCUGCAGGAUUUUACCUUAAUCCCAAGUUCUUUUAUAGCUUCAAAGGAGACAUGCAUAAUGAAAUUGUGUCGAGGAUGUUUGACUGCAUAGAGAGAUUGGUUCCUGAUAUAAAAGUCCAAGAUGAAGUAAUCAAAGAGAUCAACUUGUACAAAAAUGCUGUUGGAGAUUUGGGGAGGAAUUUGGCAGUCCGAGCAAGGGACAGUCUGCUUCCUGCUGAAUGGUGGUCGACAUAUGGUGGUGGUUGCCCAAACCUCGCACGCUUGGCAAUUCGUAUUCUCAGUAAAACUUGCAUCUUAGUUCCGUGUCAGGAGAAUCAGAUUCCUUUCCAACAGUUGCACAAGACAAGGAACAGCGUAGAACAACAGCGGCUUAAUGAUCUUGUUUUCCUUCAAUACAACCUCAAACUAAAACAGAAGGUUCACACGCACAAAGAACAUAAGUACGUGGAUCCUAUAUCAUUUGACCGCAACAGCAUUGCCGAAGAGUGGGUAGCAGAGAUGGAGAUGCACCAAGAAGACACUGAAAAUCCUGAUUGGAUGUCACUUGAUCCCCCCUCUGAGAACUCGAGGCUUUUACAACUUUCGGUUGAUGAAGUUGAAGAAUUGGGUUCAGGGUAUGAUGACAAUGAAAUUUUGAACGGAUUGAAAGUGGUUAAAGAAGAAUGUUAAACACAGUGCUGUGAGCCGGCGGGACAUAAUGCAAAGACAAACAUCUUUAUGAGUUCACCACACCACCGCCACUUUCUUCAAGUACCUACGGGAAGCAAGGCACUUAGCAAACUCGCAUGUCUAGAGAUACUGCUCGGGCCAAUUAUAUUCUUUCCCUGGCAUUACUGCAGAGUGACGGAAAUUAGGAGGAAAAAUAUGUGACCGCGGCCAGCCUUCAGGGAUGUGAAUUGGUUGGGCAAGUUCCUGCAACAAACAAUUACAAGUAGGUAGUUUACAUGGUAGAAAUAUGGGGCUUUGUA